GUGGGUUUUCUGCUUUUUUCUCAAUGGAAUGCAAUCUCUGAGCUGCAGGGGUUAAUUCUUCUACAGGAGCUCUCCGCCCUCUUAUCAGAAGAGACUUUUCCACUUUCGGUUCCUGCUCCUCAGUACCACAAUGGCGUCUGCUGACCUGAGGGCCGAGCUGGACUGCUCCAUCUGCCUGAGCCUCUAUACAGAUCCCGUAUACCUGAGAUGUGGACACAACUUCUGCCGCUCGUGUAUUGUGAGUGCGCUGGAUGCGCAGGAGGCAGCUGGAGUGUAUUCCUGUCCUGACUGCAGAGCAGAAUAUCCGGAGCGUCCGGUCCUGGAGAAGAACAGGAAGCUGGGGAACAUAGUGGAGCGUUUCUUAUCUGCUCAGCCUGAUAUGGAGGAGACCGGGAUCUUCUGUACUUACUGUACUAAGUCUCCUGUACCGGCUGUGAGGACAUGUCUGCAGUGUGAGGCCUCGUUCUGUGAAAAGCACUUGAGUAGACACAGUAAGUCAUCAGAACAUACUUUGGUUGAACCUACUGCUACCCCGAAGGAAAGAAAAUGCUCCACACACAAGGAGGUGCUGAAAUACUAUUGUCCGAUGGACGCCGCCUGUAUCUGUGUCUCCUGCUGGGUGGCCGGAGACCACAAGGCACAUGACGUGGAGCUACUGGACGUGGCCUCUGAGAAGGAGAAAGAGAAGCUGAGGAAAUAUCUGGAGGAACUAAACCCACAAAAAGCAGAAAUUCAGACGAAACUUCAGAAUCUGCAGGAUCGUCAGAGGAAUAUCCAGGAGAAGGCCUCUGAUAAGAGGAAGAACGUCAGGAAGUUAUUUAUGGACAUUAAGAAACAACUGGAAAUAGCAGAACAGAAAGCGUUGAGCGAGAUCUCCAGGCAGGAGAAGAAGAUUGUGUCCCAGAUAUCUGAUCUGAUCAAGAAGCUGGAAAUAGAGGCGGACGAGCUGUCCAGGAAGAUGCGUCACGUGGAGGAGAUGUGUCAUGUCACCGACCCAAUAAGACUCCUACAAGAAGGUGACAUUACAGUAUGUGGUCAUGGAGAUGAUGAGGACACAGGGGCAGAUGGUGGAGAGGGCAGGUCUGAGGAUGAUCUGGAUGAGGUUCUGAUCUCACUGACCUUACACCGAUCUAUGAGGGAUAUUGUCACCAAUGUCACAUCAGAGCUCGGGCUCCAUGUUCCAGACAUAUUGCUGGAUGAGGACACUGCUAAUCCAUAUGUGAAGAUAUCAGAAGAUCGGAAAACAGCAACAAGAACAGAAGAAAAACAGAACAGACCAAAAUCACCGGGAAGGUUCCUGUAUUAUCCCCAGGUGUUAAGCAGAUGUGUCCUCUCCUCAGGAAGACAUUACUGGGAGGUAGAGUGGGACCAGAAAGGAGGAUGUAACAUCGGACUGUCCUAUCCCAGUAUAGAAAGGGAAGGACAGGAGUCUUGUAAUGGACUUAAUGAUAAAUCUUGGUGUUUGUAUAUGUUUGGUGCAGUUUGUGGAGUGCGUCACCGCUCAGUCGGAUCCCGCCUCAGUGUAGAUAGAACAUGUCGUAGACUUGGGGUCUUCUUAGACUAUGAGGCCGGGCGUCUGUCCUUCUAUCAGCUGUGUGACCCCGUCAGACACUUACACACCUUCACCGCCUCCUUCUCUCAACCCCUACAUGUUCUCUUCUUUGUGAAGGAUGAAGCCUCUGUUAGAAUAAUAAGCUGAGGCCGAUGCGUCCACGUCCCGUUAUAAUCUCCGCCUAUAAGUCACUAUAUAGCGCUGUAUGGGCGGAGCCUCCGAUCCCACAAUGUAUAUGGCGGCUCUAUGGGGGGGGGGGGGGUUACUGUAGGAUUAUUUUAUAUUCCUUGGAGAUCAGAUCCAGAAUCGAUGCUUGAGACAAAUGAAAAGUUACGUCGUCUGCACACGAGUUCUGGUGAACGCACAUCAGAUCCGCAGCGUAUCCGCACCAAUACCUGCAAUGUGUGAUCACGGUUUUUGGUGCGGAUAAGAUGCGGUUUUCCACUGAAAAGGGUGAAAUCCGCAGCUAAAACCACAAACAUAACUGACAGGCCGCAGAUCUGGGAAUCCGCACGGAAAUAAUCGGCGAAGUGUACGUGAUCGGGGUAAUCUCAUACACUUUUCUGUAAUUCGUUACGGUUUUUCCACAUGGGAAUUCGCGUGGAAAGACUGAGCGUAUUCCGCAGCGUGCGCAGAUGGCCUUCGGGUACAAGCGCCCGCUGCGUAUUACCUGCUGGUUUUCCAGAGUGAAAUAAUACCGCCUAAGCAGAUGGGAUUCUCAGUAUCUCAUCUACACGGAGCGGAAGUUUCCUGCGUCAGGAGUGACCUGCGGAGCGGAUCCGGAGAUCUGCGGCCGGUAGAUUGUCCGUGCGGAUUUCUCCCUUUACAAUGCAGAGGGGGAGAUCUGGGGAAAUCCGUGUCAGGAUCUGCAGGUAACAGGUGUGGAUCCUGGAGCGGAGAUACACCGCCGAGUGCACGUACCUCAUGGGGGCAUCAUUAACCCUUCCCCGUCCUCCACUGAGGUCGCUGUAGGGGCUUCUUUAUGUUUCGGGGACACAUUUGGGGAACAUAUAAUUAUUAAUCAGCUUUUCCUAUUUCUGUAGAGAUGUGACAAUGUGACGCUUCUUUCCGCACUAUACGCGGCAUUUGUUGUGUUUUUUCCCUUUUUAUGGAAUAAAUGUCUGACUACUUCUGUCCAUCAGAGUUGUCGGUCCUAUCAUCUGGG